CCUCAAAGCCGCUUCCCUCCUGGGGCAGUCUCCGUCACAAACAACCACCGCCACCCCACCCCGCCCCUCCUUCCCUCUCAGCUGUGAGAUCAGAGCAGUAGGACAAAGUGCCCGGGACAAGGACAGAGGCCUGAGAGCCGCCAUGGGCUCUGGAGGAGUCAGUCUCCCAGGGCCCGGGUGGCCCCUGCCCCUCCUGCUCCUGCUCGUCACAGGAGGCAUGGCUCAGGACUCCCCGCCCCAGAUCCUAGUCCACCCCCAGGACCAGCUGCUCCAGGGCCCUGGCCCCGCCAGGAUGAACUGCCGAGCCUCCGGCCAGCCGCCUCCCACCAUCCGCUGGCUGCUGAAUGGACAGCCCCUGAGCAUGGUGCCCCCAGACCUACACCACCUCCUGCCUGAUGGAACCCUCCUGCUGCUGCGGCCUCCUGCCCAGGGACAUGCCCACGAUGACCAAGCCCGAUCCACAGACCUAGGCGUCUACACCUGUGAGGCCAGCAACCGCCUGGGCACAGCAGUCAGCCGAGGUGCCCGGCUGUCUGUGGCCGUCCUCCGGGAGGAUUUCCAGAUCCAGCCUCGGGACACAGUGGCUGUGGAGGGCGAGCAGGUGGUUCUGGAAUGUGGGCCGCCCUGGGGCCACCCAGAGCCCACGGUUUCAUGGUGGAAAGAUGGGAAACCCCUGGCCCUCCAGCCAGGGCGGCACAUGGUGUCCAAGGGUUCCCUGCUGAUGACGAGAGCAGAGAAGAGUGACGCAGGGACCUAUAUGUGUGUGGCCACCAACAACGCAGGGCAGCGGGAGAGCAGAGCCGCCAGGGUGUCUGUGCAGGAGCCCCGGGACUUCAAGGAGCCUCUGGAGCUUCUGGCCGUGCGCAUUCAGCUGGAAAACGUGACACUGCUGCAGCCGAACCCCGCAAAGGGCCCCAAGCCUGGGCCUGCCGUGUGGCUCAGCUGGAAGGUGAGUGGCCCCGCUGCACCUGCUCAGUCCUACACGGCCUUGUUCAGGACGCAGACUGCCCCAGGAGGCCAGGCAGCUCCGUGGGCAGAGGCGCUGCUGGCCGGCUGGCAGAGCGCAGAGCUUGGGGGCCUCCACUGGGGCCAAGACUAUGAGUUCAAAGUGAGACCAUCCUCCGGCCGGGCUCGGGGCCCCGACAGCAACGUGCUGCUCCUGAGGCUGCCAGAACAAGUGCCCAGUGCCCCACCCCAGGAGGUGACCCUAAAACCUGGCAAUGGCAGUGUUCUUGUGAGCUGGGUUCCACCACCUGCUGAAAACCACAACGGCAUCAUCCGUGGCUACCAGGUCUGGAGCCUGGGCAACACCUCACUGCCCCCAGCCAACUGGACUGUAGUGGGAGAGCAGACCCAGCUGGAGAUCGCCACCCGAAUGCCAGGCUCCUACUGCGUGCAAGUGGCUGCGGUCACUGGCGCUGGGGCUGGGGAGCCCAGUAGCCCUGUGUGCCUCCUUUUAGGUGAGAGCAGUGCCCAUGGGCCCCAGCCAUACCCUGCACCCCCGUUCCCACCUUUCCCUCCUCCUGCCUCACACUUCCAGCUUCUCCCUCUUGUCUGCUGGACCCUCACGCCUCGCCUGCCCCUCUGCCUGAGCUCUGCACCCCAUACAGAGCAGGCCAUGGAGCGAGCUGCCAGAGAACCCCUUGAGCAUGGCCCCUGGAUCCUGGAGCAGCUGAGGGCCACCUUGAGGCGGCCAGAGGUCAUUGCCAGUGGCGGCAUUGUUCUCUGGCUGCUGCUGCUGGGCAUCGCUGUGUGUAUCCACCGCCGGCGCCGAGCUGGGGUGCACCUGGGCCCAGGUCUGUACAGGUAUACCAGCGAGGAUGCCAUCCUAAAACACAGGAUGGAUCACAGUGACUCCCCCUGGCUGGCGGAUACUUGGCGCUCCACUUCUGGCUCCCGGGACCUGAGCAGCAGCAGCAGCCUCAGCAGUCGGCUGGGAGUGGAUCCCCGGGACCCCCUAGACAGUCGUCGCUCCUUGAUCUCCUGGGACCCCCGAAGCCCCGGUGUGCCCCUGCUUCCAGACACCAGCACUUUUUAUGGCUCCCUCAUCUCUGAGCUGCCCUCCAGCACCCCAGCCCGGCCGAGCCCCCAGGCCCCAGCUGUCAGGCACCUCCCGCCCCAGCUGGCCCGGCUCUCCAGCCCCUGGGCCAGCUCAGACAGCCUCUGCAGCCACAGGGCACUCUCUUCUCCACGCUUGUCUCUGGCCCCUGCUGAGGUUUGGAAGGCCAAAAGGAAGCAGGAGCUGCACCAAGUCAACAGCUCCCCACUGCUCAGGGCCGGCCGCCCCAUGGAGCUCCGGGCCUGGGAGUUGGGAAACAGAGGCUCCAAGAACCUUUCCCAAAGCCCAGGCCGCUGCUCCCCAGGCGCUGUGCCCCGAGCUCUGGUUGCCUGGCGGGCCCUGGGACCGCAGCUCCGUAGGUCCUCGAAUGAGCUGGUUACUCGCCCUCUCCCUCCAGCGCCCCUCUCUCCUCAUGGAAGCCCCACGCAGAGUCAGCAGACCCAGCACCUGGUGGCGCCCCAAGCUCCAACCUCUGUCCCUCUGCCAGCAGCCCCUGUCCCCACCCUUAGCCCCAGCGGCACCUCCAGCCCCCAGGCCUCUUCCCUCUCUGGCCCCAGCCCAGCUUCCAGCCGCCUGUCCAGCUCUUCACUGUCCUCCCUGGGGGAGGAUCAGGACAGUGUGCUGACCCCUGAAGAGGUGGCCCUGUGCCUGGAGCUGAGUGAGGGUGAGGAGACGCCCAGGAACAGCGUCUCUCCUGCACCAAGGGCUCCUUCACCCCCCACCACCUAUGGGUACAUCAGCGUCCCAACAGCCUCAGAGCUAGCAGACAUGGGCAGGACGGGCACAGAGGUGGGGUCCGGAGUGGGGAGCCUGUUCCCACCUCGGCUCUGCCCCACCCCCACCCCCAGCGAGGGCUCCUUGGCCAACGGUUGGGGCUCAGCCUCGGAGGACAAUGCCCCCAGCGCCAGAGCCAGCCUGGUCAGCUCCUCCGACGGCUCCUUCCUUGCCGAUGCCCACUUUGCCCAUGCCCUGGCUGUGGCUGUGGAUAGCUUCGGUUUCGGUCUGGAGCCCAGGGAGGCAGACUGCGUCUUCACGGAUGCCUCAUCACCUCCCUCCCCGAGGGACGACCUCUUCCUGACCCCCACCCUAUCCCUGCCCCUGUGGGAGUGGAGGCCAGACUGGUUGGAGGACAUGGAGCCCAACCACACCCAGCGGCUGGGCAGGGGGCUGCCUCCCUGGCCCCCUGACUCUCGGAUCUCUUCCCAGAGCAGUCGGCUCAGCUGUCCUGUGCCCAAGGCUGGUGCUUCUCCCAUAGAUUCCUCAUGAACUGUGCGCCUGAGACUGCCGAGAAGAGAAUCAGAACCACCUCUCCUGUCCGCCCACAAGGCCUGGGCUGUGGCAUGUGGGUCUUGGCCUACACUUCUCUGCAGUUGGGGUCCACCUUCCCUGACCUUCAGGAGAGUUCUCCUCCCAGGAUUGUGAGAACAAAUGAAAGCAAAACAAAAUAUGAGCAAAGCAGACCUGGAGCUCUCAGGGAGCAAAACGUCACACCCACCUGACUCCUAGACGUUGCUUUCUCCUCUGUCCACCCACUCCCACAACCAGGUCACUGUGGCUGAAGGAGCAGCCUGUCUCCUGCUCUCCUCACCCACUUGGAUCGGGGAGGUGGGGGAGCCAGAGGUGUCUUCGUGGAGGACGACAGCGACUGGUGGGAGAGGGCUGUGGAGGAAGGAACUUCUCGGAGUCUCCUCCCAGCCUUACCUGGCCUCUCCUCUAGAGGCAAGCUCGACUCUCCCCAACCGCAACGUGCAAAGGAAAUAUGGAGGAAUGCCACCGAGGCAGUGAGGCCCUACCUCGUGCCAAGGCAAAAGGUGCAAGGCUCGGUCUAGGGAGGAAGCUGGAGGAAGGGAAGUGUGAGAAUGUGAGACAAAAGCACCCUCCUCAUACCCUUGUCACUAUGAGCAUGAGAAAUUCGAUACCAUUAAACUGUAAGGACUUGA